ACUGCCCUGAAAAUGGAGGUCUUCUACCCUGGCUGCAUCUCCAGAGGCGAAACUGUCUGGGUGGAAUCUAUCAAACCUUGAGCGUCUGCUUGUAAACAACCGGGUGCCGUCAAAAUGCGAAUGGAGGCUCAAUGAAGGAUGCUCUCUACAAGGCGAACUGGGCACUGACACAAAUGAAGUAUGUAACAUCAUUCACAGCAUCUAAAACAGAGACUCGGCCAGUAUGGAAGAGCAGACUACCACUGUGAUUCAGAUUUACAUAAAUGACACUAAGCAGUUCAAUGCUUUGUAUGACUUCAACCUAACCGAUGUGAAAGAGAGCAUAGACACCUAUGAGUUUUACGUCAUCGGCCUGUUUCUCUCCUGCCUGUACACCAUAUUGCUGUUCCCCAUUGGCUUCAUUGGGAACAUCCUCAUUUUGGUGGUCAACCUCAACCACAGGGACAAGAUGACCAUCCCUGAUCUGUACUUCGUCAACCUGGCCGUGGCGGACCUUAUUCUGGUGGUGGACUCGCUCAUCGAGGUCUUCAAUCUCAAUGAGAAGUACUACGACUACGCCGUCCUCUGUACCUUCAUGUCGCUGUUCCUCCAGGUGAACAUGUACAGCAGCAUCUUCUUCCUGACAUGGAUGAGUUUCGACCGAUACAUUGCUCUCGCUAACUCUAUGAGCAGCAGUCCACUGCGAACCAUGCAGCACGCCAAACUCAGCUGCAUCCUCAUCUGGAUGGCCUCCAUCCUGGCGACUCUGCUUCCUUUCACCAUUGUGCAGACACAACACACCGGCGAGGUGCACUUCUGCUUCGCCAAUGUCUUUGAGAUCCAGUGGCUCGAGGUGACGAUCGGAUUUCUGGUGCCCUUCUCCAUCAUCGGCCUGUGCUACUCCCUGAUCGUCCGCAUCCUCAUGCGGGCCCAGAAGCACAGGGGACUGUGGCCGCGCCGGCAGAAGGCCCUGCGCAUGAUUGUGGUGGUGGUGCUGGUGUUCUUUAUUUGCUGGCUACCUGAGAAUGUUUUCAUUAGCAUCCAGCUGCUCCAAGGCACGGCAGACCCGUCGAAACGCAGCGACACCACACUGUGGCACGACUACCCAUUGACUGGACACAUCGUCAACCUGGCUGCGUUCUCCAACAGCUGCCUAAACCCGAUCAUUUACAGCUUCCUCGGGGAGACUUUCAGGGACAAGCUGCGGCUUUUCAUCAAGAGGAAGGCCAGCUGGUCUGUGGUCUACCGCUUCUGUAAUCACACCCUGGAUUUGCACAUCCCUGUCAGGAGCGAGUCCGAAGUGUAGCGCAGGUGUGGCGACCUGCAGUUCCUGAAGUUGUCAUCUGCCUUGCCUCGCUUUCCAGAACUUGAUCAUGAAUUGACAGAGAGAUCUUUGGGUUAGCUUGACGUCGUGAAGACUGCCUAAUUCGGCUGAGCAAAACAAGGAUUAUUCAGGGUGAAUCACCUGCUGAUGAAGGGGAUUAUAAAACACAGAUGCAGAGCUUGGCUUAUGGCUACCUUUUACAAAUAAUAGAAAUAAUAGGACAGCAUGUCACAAUGAAGACUUUUAUAGGAUGAUAUUCUCGGAGUCCAUUUUAAGGGCACAAAUAAAGUAAUGGA